AUGGCGCAAAAGUUUUUUGAACCGUUAAAAAAGCUUCCUCAGAAAAUCCAAAAUCUUCCAUGGGUUCAAAAAUUGCAAGACCUUACCACUGGCAAGCACACGGAGCAGCCUCAUUGCUACAACGCGUCGACUUAUGGAAUCAUUGACGAUCCUGUGUGCUUGGCAUAUGAUCAGGACCUUUGUCUUUUGGCAGUGGCCUACGCGCAUGGACGUGUAGCCGUAUACGGAGCCCCUGGUUUAUCUUUUCCUGUCGACUUUGCGGCCUCUGAAAUCGGAUUUAUCCAGUUCUUGCGGAAUGAGGGACGACUUGUUGUGUCUACCGGAUCGAAACUUGUUGUUCUAGAGUUGGAGGCAGAGACUGGACAUUGGAAACAAAAAUGCUCUGUUGAGCUUCCUUUCUCCAAGGAAGAGGUCCUCACUGCGCUGGCUGUGGGAAAAGGAGCAGUAUAUGUAGGGUCUACUUCUGGCACCCUGCGUCAAGUUGCAGUCCGCAACGGAUUCAUGACAGUCGGAGAAGAUGAACUAACCUCACUUUCUACUAACGUCAUCCUAAACAAAAUACCCGAUGCACAACGCCAGCAAUUAAACUUGCCGUCGACGAUCGUCUCGAUCGAAGUAGAUUCUGCCGGAGAUCACCUAGUUAUUGGUUAUGCUGGAGGCACAGCCGUUAUUGCUGAACCUCAACCAAUUCCCGUUUCUGUUGAGACACCUGCCCCAACAGAGGAAGCGGAAGCCGUUCUUCCUGCCGACACCACAAAGGCUGAACCUGCUCCCGAGGCAGUUUCUUCUGAGCCACCAGCGGUUGCUCCAACCGAAGCCCAGCCAGAACAUCCUACAGAGACUGAGCAACCUUCUGAGAAGUCGAAAGAAGAGCCUUCAGCAUCAAAAGAACCCGAACCGGCAGCGGAAAAAACCGCGAGUGAGAAGGAGAGAGAAGAAAAAACUGGAACCGCGGAGAAGCGCAAAGACCAUCUACAAGCCAUGCGGGCAGAGGCCUCAAAAAAGUUCCGCACCCUAUCAAAGACCCUAAGGAAUACUUUGAUGGAGAGGUCCGAAGAACAAAAGCAACCCACCGAGUCACCGGUCCCAGUGCCUCCGUCCCCACGUGUCACACACGUUUUACCCUACACCCAGGCUCUGUGUUGCGCUUCUUGGCACGUUACUUCCCUGGAGCCUAGCCAGUUACUGCAGGUUAUUGUUGCUUAUGACGAUGGUGCCCAUUUGGCCUGGAACAUUCCAGUACCAGAAGGGACGCAAGAAGAUCCCAUAAUAUGUACCAAUCAAGAAAAUGCUACUAUACCAUACGGCCCUCUCCCCUGCGCUCCCAUCCGGAAGAUAAUGACUCGAUCUUCUGUCAAUGGUGGCGUCAUCACCGUUAUUGUCGGAGGCCUUCCAAGGGCUGAACAUUCCGAUAAACACACAGUCAGUGUAAUUGGGGGUGUGGACGAGCACGUGUGUUUCCAAUUCAGCUCCCCGGUUCGUGACUUCGUCAUCCUUCCUCCAAACAGUGGAAAAUCAGUCAGCCCCGCAGCAGCCGCCACUACGGAGACCGAAUCAGCUGAACGUCAACAGUCCUCUGCUGAGGAAGGGACUGCCACGGAAGAGGCAGCUGCAGAAACUACGGAACCUCAUGUCACCCAGCCGGCUACUCCCACGGAAUCCGGCUACCUUUUGGUGCUCACCGAACGUGAAUUGGUCGCCAUAGAUCUGACCCAGCCUUCCUGGCCGGUCAUCCCCUCGCCGUAUCUUGGAUGCGUGAGCUGCUCACCUGUGACAGCCUCGGCCCACAUUGCGUUGCCAGAGGGUCUUAAAAAGCGUCUGGAAUCCUGCGGAGGGGCCUCCGCCGAAGACUGCCCAUUCAAGAACUGGCCUAUUCGCGGUGGAGCCCUUGAGUGUACCGCAGAAGCAGCCAAUGAGGAGGAUGGAGAAACCGCUGUACCUGCUCACUGCUCCGCCAGUCUGGCUCAUAACGCUUCCAACGACAUGCUUGCCCUCGGCCACGCCAAUGGUGAUGUGAGCCUGUGGGCUUUGGGCCGUGGUGACUUUCUGCGUUGCCUCUGUCAUGUGCACGUUUUCUCCGUACUGGAGGCUGGCGACGCCUGCCACACAGAACACAAGGCUCUUCGUGACCUAUGA